UAAAUUCCUAGUCUCUAAUCUAUCUCUCUCCACCGUCUUCUAUACGUCGUCGUUUAGUUUCACCGAUCCCAUCGUCACCGAUCCCGGAGAAUCGAAGUCGAAGGAGGAAGAGUUCGAGAAAUCGGGGAAGAACAACUGCAACUAGCGUCAAUGCGGAAUUCGAAUUUCGAAUCCUGAGCUCGCUUGCGAUUCCGCUGAAAACAACGGACCGUGGAAUCGCCGGUUCCAUGACCCUCCAUAUCCGGCACCGGCGAUGACUUGUAUGGUCACUUAGCUUGCAAUUCAUCUAGCCGAAGCAGAGAUUCUUCCUCUCCAGCUUCCGGCCGGCACCACUUCGAAUUUGUUCUUUUUCUUUUCUUGAAAUUCAAAUUCAAAUUCGUGUUCGUGUUCCUCUGGAGCUAUGUCGUCAAAGAUUGUGUACGAAGGGUGGAUGGUGCGGUAUGGCCGGCGAAAGAUCGGCCGAUCGUUCAUCCACAUGAGGUACUUCGUGUUGGAGUCGAGGCUGCUCGCCUAUUAUAAGAGGAAACCGCAGGACAAUCAGGUUCCUAUUAAAACCCUGCUAAUUGAUGGCAACUGUAGAGUGGAGGAUAGAGGCUUGAAGACCCAUCAUGGAUAUAUGGUUUAUGUUUUGUCUGUUUACAACAAGAAAGAAAAGUACAAUCGAAUUAUGAUGGCAGCAUUUAACAUCCAGGAGGCCCUAAUCUGGAAGGAAAAGAUCGAGUAUGUCAUUGAUCAGCAUCAGGGAGCACAACCAUCAAAUGGUAACAAAUAUAUUUCUUUUGAGUACAAAUCUGGGAUGGACAAUGGGAAGACGGCAUCUUCCUCAGACCGUGAAAGCCAGUUCAGUGCUCAGGAGGAUGAAGAUGAGCCUCAUCCAAAUUUGUUAAGGAGGACAACAAUUGGAAAUGCUGCAGGUCCUCCGGAGUCAGUUUUCGACUGGACAAGGGAAAUAGAUUCAGAAUUGUCAAAUCAGAAUAUCAAUAACCAAGCAUUCUCAAGAAAGCAUUGGCGUCUUUUACAAUGCCAGGAUGGACUUCGCGUUUUUGAAGAACUUGUUGAAGUUGAUUACCUUCCAAGGAGCUGCAGUCGAGCUAUGAAGGCAGUAGGUGUUGUGGAGGCUACUUGUGAAGAAAUUUUUGAGCUUGUGAUGAGCAUGGAUGGGACACGGUUUGAAUGGGAUUGCAGUUUCCAACAUGGUAGUUUAGUUGAGGAGGUGGAUGGGCAUACAGCAGUUCUUUAUCACAGACUUCAGCUAGACUGGUUUCCAAUGUUUGUGUGGCCCCGUGAUCUUUGUUAUGUACGUUACUGGCGUCGAAAUGAUGAUGGAAGUUAUGUUGUUUUAUUUCGCUCCAGGGAACAUGAGAACUGUAGUCCACAACCAGGGUGUGUUCGGGCUCAUAUUGAGAGUGGAGGAUUUAAUAUUUCCCCCUUAAAACCUCGAAAUGGUAGGCCCAGGACACAGGUCCAGCAUCUUAUGCAGAUUGAUCUGAAGGGAUGGGGUGUGGGUUACAUGUCAUCUUUUCAGCAGCAUUGUCUCCGUCAAAUGUUAAAUAGUGUAGCUGGUUUACGUGAAUGGUUUGCCCAAACAGACGAAAGGAAUGCUCCUCCACGAAUCCCUGUCAUGGUUAAUAUGUCCUCAACAUCUGUUUCUUCAAAGAAGAAUCAGAAGCCUAAUGAUUCUUCUGUUCAUCCCAAUUCUCUCGAUCAAAUAAAUUCUGCAAGCAGGAAUUCUGCAUUGAUGGAUGAAUAUUCUGACGAAGAUGAAGAUUUCCAAAUAGCAGAACCUGAGCAAGAGGCAUACCCAAUUGGUAAUGAGAAUGAUGUCAGAAGAACAGCCUUGGAAGAAGAACCGGCAAAUGAAAUUGACUUGUCUUCCUUUUCGGGUAAUUUACGUCGUGAUGAUCGUGAUAAUGCUCGUGACUGCUGGAAAAUUUCUGAUGGAAAUAACUUUAGAGUCAGAAGCAAGAAUUUUUGCUAUGACAAGUCAAAGGUUCCUGCUGGCAAACAUCUGCUGGAUCUUGUUGCUGUGGAUUGGUUGAAGGACUCAAAAAGAAUGGACCACGUGGCAAAGCGUCAUGGUUGUGCAGCACAAGUUGCAUCAGAAAAGGGAUUUUUCUCCAUUAUCAUUAAUCUUCAAGUGCCUGGAUCAACUCACUAUAGUAUGGUAUUCUAUUUUGUGACAAAGGAGUUAGUUCCUGGAUCCCUAUUGCAACGCUUUGUUGACGGUGAUGAUGAAUUCCGAAACAGCAGGUUGAAGCUCAUCCCAUCAGUCCCAAAGGGCUCAUGGAUUGUACGCCAGAGUGUUGGGAGUACACCUUGUUUACUGGGAAAGGCAGUUGAUUGCAACUAUAUUCGUGGUCCCAAGUAUUUAGAAAUUGAUGUCGAUAUUGGUUCGUCUACUGUUGCUAAUGGAGUUUUGGGGCUGGUUGUUGGGGUGAUUACAACAUUGGUCGUUGAUAUGGCUUUUCUUGUACAGGCAAAUACUCCUGAUGAGUUGCCCGAGAGGCUUAUUGGAGCUGUUCGUAUUUCUCAUUUAGAGCUCAAAUCUGCCAUGGUCCCAAAACUGGAUCCGGAUCCGUCAUGACUGACCAAGUGGUUUCUAUUGUUCAUCUAUACGAAAUUCAUUUGUUUGCAAUAUGCGUAUGUACCAUUUUUUUUUUACUGGGAUGUAGGUUCAUUGUUUUAUAAUUGGUUUUUCUGUGAAAUAUUAGGAAAUGUUUUUCUACCCCGUUUUUAAUUUUUUUUUUUUUUUUUUAGUUCAUUUAAUUGUUUAAGCUGAUAGGAUCUGUAUUUUGUUCAUUUAAUUGUUUAAGCUGAUAGGAUCUGUAUUUUGUCAACUUAUUCAUGCUUGGAUAUAUUUCAUAUGAUUAUGUAAGUAUCAAACCACACAGUUUUGUACCUUUUUUUGUAUCUACCAGUAAUUAAGGGAAGUUGUCAAGUCAUUUC